AUGAAACUGAGUGUGGGGAUAUUUUUUGGAGGCUUCUUUGCAGCUCUGGGGGUUUUGCUUUUUUUGGUGGCAUUUGGAACUGAUUAUUGGCUUCUUGCUACGGAAAUAGGAACGUGUUUAGAAGCACCUGAAGAUGCUGGGGGAGAGAAGGCCACUUUCCAUCAUGAAGGUUUCUUCUGGAGGUGCUGGUUCAGUGGAAAUGUAGGAGAUAAUAAUGCCAGCAUGUGGAAUUUCUGGUAUACUAACCAGUCACCUUCUAAGAACUGUACACAUGCUUACCUGUCACCAUUUCCUCUUCUCCGAGAUGAACACAACUCAACUUCCUAUGACUCUGCAAUCAUUUACCGAGGUUUCUGGACAGUUCUUAUGCUCCUGGGAGUGCUCACUAUUGUGAUGGCUAGUUUCUUCAUCAUCUGUGCAGCUCCUUUUGCCAGUCACAUUCUAUACAAAGCAGGAGGAGGCUUUUUCAUCAUUGCUGGUGUCUUGUUUUCGCUGGUAGUUGUGAUGUAUGUCAUCUGGGUCCAGGCCAUGGCUGAUCUGGAAAACUACACAAACAUGAAAAAAAUGGAUUGCCCAGACUUUGCUGUUUAUGUACGUUAUGGCUGGUCUUUUAUGCUGGCUCCUAUAGGAGUAUUUUUUGCUUUAUUAGCAGGAAUGCUGUUCCUAUUGGUAGGGCGUCACAUUUAUUUACAUUCAGACUAGUUGUACACUGCUGAAAGGAAUACAGGAAUACUUGUGAAACUUUGUGAUGAGUGUAAACUGGAACACAAUUUUAUACAUUAUUACCAUUAUGGCAAUGCUAACUAUGGAGGCAGACUUCUGGAAGUUCUUCUACUGCUUGUUUAAGGGUAAAAGAUACAAAA